AUGGCCUCUGGUCGGCUAACCACUGACCCAGCCCUGCCCAGGCACAGGGUGGGGAGAGGAGGGGGAGAGGGCGGGAGGGGGGGGAGAGAGGUGGAGCUGCUGCAUCAAAGCCUUUAUGAGCGGUGGAACCAAACGAACAGCGCGGGUUUUCGGACCGAGUGCUUCAAAGAGCUGCAGAGAAGCCGCACGGCAUCUGGGAGCAAUAAUGUUGCUUCUAACCCUUCAUUACCACAAAGACCGGGCCCUGGGUGGCAGCCAACGGCAAUUUUCACAAGUCCUCCCCCUCUCUCUCCUCCUUUCCCCUCUCUCUCCUUCUCUCCCCUCUCUCUCCUUCUCUCUCCUUCUCUCCCCUCUCUCCCCUCUCUCUCCUUCUCUCCCCUCUCUCUCCUUCUCUCCCCUCUCUCUCCUCCUUUCCCCUCUCUCUCCUCCUUUCCCCUCUCUCUCCUUCUCUCCCCUCUCUCUCCUUCUCUCCCCUCUCUCUCCUCCUUUCCCCUCUCUCUCCUCUCUCUCCUUCUCUCCCCUCUCUCUCCUUCUCUCCCCUCUUUCUCCUUCUCUCCCCUCUCUCUCCUUCUCUCCCCUCUCCCUCCUUCUCUCCCCCCUCUCUCUCCUUCUCUCCCCUCUCUCUCCUUCUCUCCUUCUCUCCCCUCUCUCUCCUUCUCUCCCCUCUCUCUCUCCUCCUUUCCCCUCUCUCUCCUUCUCUCCUUCUCUCCCCCUCUCUCUCCUUCUCUCCCCUCUCUCUCCUCCUUUCCCCUCUCUCUCCUUCUAUCCCCUCUCUCUCCUCCUUUCCCCUCUCUCUCCUUCUCUCCCCUCUCUCUCCUUCUCUCCCCUCUCUCUCCUCCUUUCCCCUCUCUCUCCUCUCUCUCCUUCUCUCCCCUCUCUCUCCUUCUCUCCCCUCUUUCUCCUUCUCUCCCCUCUCUCUCCUUCUCUCCCCUCUCUCUCCUUCUCUCCCCUCUCUCUCCUUCUCUCCUUCUCUCCCCUCUCUCUCCUUCUCUCCCCUCUCUCUCCUCCUUUCCCCUCUCUCUCCUUCUCUCCCCUCUCUCUCCUUCUCUCCCCUCUCUCUCCUUCUCUCCCCUCUCUCUCCUCCUUUCCCCUCUCUCUCCUUCUCUCCCCUCUCUCUCCUUCUCUCCCCUCUCUCUCCUUCUCUCCCCUCUCUCUCCUCCUUUCCCCUCUCUCUCCUUCUCUCCCCUCUCUCCUCCUUUACCCUCUCUCUCCUUCUCUCCCCUCUCUCUCCUUCUCUCCCCUCUCUCUCCUUCUCUCCCCUUCUCUCCUUCUCUCCCCUCUUUCUCCUUCUCUCCCCUCUCUCUCCUUCUCUCCCCUCUCUCUCCUUCUCUCCCCUCUCUCCACUCUCUCUCCUUCUCUCCCCUCUCUCACCUAAUUCUCUCCCCUCUCUCUCCUUCUCUCCCCUCUUUCUCCUCCUCUCCCCUCUCCUUCUCUCCCCUCUCUCUCCUUCUCUCCCCUCUCUCUCCUUCUCUCCUUCUCUCCCCUCUCUCUCCUCCUUUCCCCUCUCUCUCCUUCUCUCCCCUCUCUCUCCUUCUCUCCCCUCUCUCUCCUCCUUUCCCCUCUCUCUCCUUCUCUCCCCUCUCUCUCCUUCUCUCCCCUCUCUCUCCUUCUCUCCCCUCUCUCUCCUCCUUUCCCCUCUCUCUCCUUCUCUCCCCUCUCUCUCCUCCUUUCCCCUCUCUCUCCUUCUCUCCCCUCUCUCUCCUUCUCUCCCCUCUCUCUCCUCCUUUCCCCUCUCUCUCCUUCUCUCCCCUCUCUCUCCUUCUCUCCCCUCUCUCUCCUCCUUUCCCCUCUCUCUCCUGA